CUAUGAAAUUCCUAGUUUUUGUUGCACUCAUUGCCAUUGCGGCCGCCCGCCCUCCAAAGAGUGGCUCGCUCAUCCCUGACACCGCAGGACCCAUCAUUGAAGAACCAGAGAACAUCAACAUCGGCCCAGCACUUGUUGACGAAACCGAGAACAUCAACACCGACCCAGCCCUUGUUGACGAAACCGAGAACAUCAACAUCGGCCCAGCACUUGUUGACGAAACCGAGAACAUCAACACCGACCCAGCCCUUGUUGACGAAACCGAGAACAUCAACACCGACCCAGCCCUUGUUGACGAAACCGAGAACAUCAACACCGACCCAGCUCUCGUUGACGAAGCCGAGAACAUCAACAUCGGCCCAGCACUUGUUGACGAAACCGAGAACAUCAACACCGACCCAGCCCUUGUUGACGAAACCGAGAACAUCAACACCGACCCAGCCCUUGUUGACGAAACCGAGAACAUCAACACCGACCCAGCCCUUGUUGACGAAACCGAGAACAUCAACACCGACCCAGCACUUGUUGACGAAACCGAGAACAUCAACAUCGGCCCAGCACUUGUUGACGAAACCGAGAACAUCAACACCGACCCAGCACUUGUUGACGAAACCGAGAACAUCAACAUCGGCCCAGCUCUCGUUGACGAAACCGAGAACAUCAACACCGACCCAGCUCUAGUUGAUGAAAACGAGCCAAUCUCAACUGACCCUGCAUUGGUUGACAAACCUGUUCCAGCUGGUUCUCCACUUGUUCAAGUUAUCAUCAACAUUAAGUCCGCCUCAAGCCCAGCUUUGAAGCCUGAAGCCAUUGACAACAGCCCCGCUAUCAUCCCUGAAACUCCCAUAAUUCCAGACCCAAUCAUCAUUGCCCAACCCGAACUUCCUCUCAUCCCAGACCCAAUCAACAUUGGAAAUCCCGUUCUUCCCGACUUAGCCAUGAAUCUCCCUGACGAACUACACUAAAUAACUGUAUUCACAAACAAACCAAAUUUAUACCUGUAAUGAAAUUAGUAUUUAAGCGCAAAUAAAUUAUAUUUUUUUA